GAGGCGCCGCUAUGGACUCGCAGCGGCCAAUGGCAGGGCGACAUUGUGUUGUCUCCUGAGCAGAAGGUGGCCAUUCGAAGCGGGCGGACCGGCCUCAUUAACACCUUCUACCGCUGGGGCGACAGGACCAUUCCCUACAAGCUCAAAGACGGCGACUUCAAUGAGGCGCAGGCAGCGAUCAUCCGCAACUCCCUGGAGGAGUACAACACGCGCACGUGCGUGCGCGUGCGCGAGGCCACGGCCGCGGACAGAGACUGGGUGCUGCAACAACAACUGAACCUGCAAGACAACCAAUGGGGCACGUGCCUGAUCUCAGGAACUGUCGUUCACGAAUUUCUGCACGCUUUCGGAUUCUACCACCAGCAGAGCGCCACCGAGCGGGAUGAUUAUGUGCAGAUCUUGUGGGACAAUAUCCAAGAU